CUUCGCACAGGCCCGAGGGAAGAUGAUGGCGGCGGCGGCCCGAGCGGUGCUGUUCCCCGCGGCGCGGCGGAGGCUCUGCGGUUUCACCGAGAGGCUCCUGGCCGGAAGUGCUGCCGGGCGGUCACUAUAUUUUGGAGGAAACAGAUUGAGAAGUACACAGGCUGCUACACAAGUUGUUCUGAAUGUCCCUGAAACGCACGUAACCUGUUUGGAGAAUGGACUCAGAGUGGCCUCUGAAGACUCUGGGCUCUCAACAUGCACAGUUGGGCUCUGGAUUGAUGCUGGAAGUAGAUAUGAAAAUGAGAAGAAUAAUGGAACAGCUCACUUUCUGGAGCAUAUGGCUUUCAAGGGCACCAAAAAGAGAUCCCAGUUAGAUCUGGAACUUGAGAUUGAAAACAUGGGUGCUCAUCUCAACGCCUAUACUUCCAGGGAGCAGACUGUAUAUUAUGCCAAAGCAUUCUCUAAAGAUUUGCCAAGAGCUGUAGAAAUCCUUGCUGAUAUAAUACAAAACAGCACAUUGGGAGAAGCAGAGAUUGAACGUGAACGUGGAGUAAUCCUUAGAGAGAUGCAGGAAGUUGAAACCAAUUUACAAGAAGUUGUUUUUGAUUAUCUUCAUGCCACAGCUUAUCAAAAUACUGCACUUGGACGGACAAUUUUGGGACCAACUGAAAAUAUCAAGUCUAUAAAUCGUAAGGACUUAGUGGAUUAUAUAACCACACAUUAUAAGGGGCCAAGAAUAGUACUUGCUGCUGCUGGAGGGGUUUCCCAUGAUGAACUGCUUGAGUUAGCAAAGUUUCAUUUUGGUGACUCUUUGUCCACACACAAAGGAGAAAUACCAGCUCUGCCUCCCUGCAAAUUCACAGGAAGUGAGAUUCGAGUGAGGGAUGACAAGAUGCCUUUGGCACAUCUUGCAAUAGCUGUUGAAGCUGUUGGUUGGGCACAUCCAGAUACAAUCUGUCUCAUGGUUGCAAACACACUGAUUGGCAACUGGGAUCGCUCUUUUGGAGGAGGAAUGAAUUUAUCUAGCAAGCUGGCCCAGCUCACCUGUCAUGGCAACCUCUGCCAUAGCUUCCAGUCUUUCAACACUUCCUACACAGAUACAGGAUUAUGGGGAAUCUAUAUGGUUUGUGAACCAGCCACUGUUGCAGACAUGCUACAUGUUGUUCAAAAAGAAUGGAUGCGACUCUGUACAAGUGUCACUGAAAGUGAAGUUGCACGAGCCAAGAAUCUUCUGAAAACAAACAUGUUGCUGCAACUUGAUGGUUCCACUCCCAUCUGUGAAGAUAUUGGUAGGCAAAUGUUAUGCUAUAAUCGAAGAAUUCCCAUCCCUGAGCUUGAAGCAAGAAUUGAUGCUGUAAAUGCUGAGAUAAUUCGAGAAGUGUGUACCAAAUAUAUUUAUGAUAAGAGUCCAGCUGUUGCUGCUGUUGGUCCCAUUGAACAGCUACCAGAUUUUAAACAGAUUUGCAGUAACAUGUGCUGGAUUCAUGAUUAAAAUGCUCCUAAUAAACAUAUUUUGAACAUAUAUAUUUAUAAAACCGAGACCUGCAAGUCCUAAAGAAAAAAAACGAACAUCUAUACUGGUAAAUAUGAAUGAAAUACUAUCUCAGACUUUGAAAGAAUAAGACCACCACAAUGAAUGGUAGAUCUCUGAGAAAUUAUACUGGAACAACACACUUUAAGUAUAGUUUUAAGAAUAAAAUUUUGUACAGUAUUUUCAGUUUUAUUAUAAAAAUGCACACACAACAAAGAUUGUCAUAAGUCAUUUCUUGCCUCUACUUGCGUUCAGCACUUGUUCUUGAGCAGCUUUCUUUGCUUUUACCAUUUCGACAAGUUCCUAGGAAGGGAAAAAGAUGUUACUUACACCGAGAAGUUGUCAGAAUUUGCAGACAUUUCUAGUGUUUGGUAUAAGUAUGUAAAACAUCCAAACUGGGGUAAAUCUACUGAAAAGGUUGAUUUUUUUUUUUAGUAACUGCCAGAGCUAGAAUGUUUCUAAGGUUGGUUACUUCUAAUAUUGGCCCCACGACUACUGUGGUAUUGAAUAAGCACAAAAACAUAAUUUAAAUGAUUGAUAAUGGAAUCUACACACUAAAGAUCUACAACCUUAUAUCGUUUCAUGCAGUCCUUCUUUGUCCUGCCAGGCACUGCUUCUGCUAUUUUUUCCCAUCUUUCAGGUGUAUUUACUGGGUACGUUUUCAAAGCUUGUUCCAAAAGCUUCUGUUCUUCUGUUGUCCAAGGGGUGAAAUCUGUGCAUGGACCUGUUUAAGAAAAAAUUUUGUUUGGAAAAUUUUAUUCUAAUUGAUAGAAAACUGUCCUGGAACACCUUCCCAGAUGAGUCUUUUGGUACACAUCUUGGUAAGUGCCCAUUUGAAUCUGUGAUGUGCAAUCUUGAACAGACCAAAUUAGACGCACAUAUAUACCUCUAGGUAUUAAUUAGGGAAAAAACUUUAGAUAGCUCACAUCCCAGAAAAAUAUGAGACUUUAAAGCACAAUAUGCUUUGUAUUUCUGGUCUAUCACAAUCUAAUCUUAUAUUCACCAGACUUUUUUAAAAAAAAUCAGAUUUAACAUACACAGUUGGACUUCUGGGUUCGAAACCACAAUCACAAGUCAUUUAAGAUUUCUGAUAAAUCUAGUUCCUUAUAGCAUAGUUCAAGAGCUGCCUCCUACUUAAAAACUUUUAGCCCGAUGAGAGCCUGGAAACCAUUCUCAUUUUACACUGGGAGAAACAAGUUUAACAAAGCUAAGCCAAGCUCCCAUGGUUUCAAUGCUGUACAGCCAAGGUGCCAUUUCCAGUGUGUCACUGUCACCACGUCCACUAAAAUAUUGUGGAGUCUACACUGUGCAUCUCUACUAAACCAGACCUUUAUGUUUGAUAGAACACCUCAUACAUGUAUCAGAAACAAAUAUAUUCCUUCCUAAGAUGCAAGAAGUAUACAUCCCACUUCUGUAGGAAAAUGAAAAUGUGAAAAUGGUUAAAAUGAUUUGGUUAUUCUAAGUUAAUGGAUUACUGACAGCUUAGUUAUUUCAGAUCAUGCAGUGAAAACACAGUGGCACCUAUCCUACCAGCAGUGAGACUACCUCUUGAAAUUGUAACCUGUGAGAUCAGGUACAAAGUAAAGCCUAGAAAUCUAAGUUAUUUCCCAAUUAAAAACAUACUCACAGACACAGUGAACAAGUUGAAAAACAACACACCUUACAACAAGGCAGAGAACUUGUAUUUGAAGACAGAUUAAAGACUGAAGCUUUUUUUGAAAUCAGCUUUUAAAAUUCCAGGAACCCCUUAGUGGAAUUUCCUUUUAUUAGUUUGAAGCCCCAUUUAACACCAUAGAUUUAAUUCAUUUCCUCUCUCUUGGAAAAAAGAUGGAACUGACAUAUAAUUAUUAUCUGCUGCUUAUUAUCUGCUGUUAUGAUCCAGGGACUUCCCAAUACCAAAAUGAAUGAAACAUAUAAAAUUCCUAUGAGAAAUCACUAUUCCAAAAAAUGUGGCCAGCUUGCUGUUUACUGGAGCAGUUGAAGAGAGAGGGACCUGCCCAUUAAAUCCAUAAAAAGAGGUAAAGGAGUCAGGCCCAAGUACCAUAUCACUCCUGCCCUCACAGGGUCACCCAUCUGCCAGAAAGCACAACCAUCAGUGUCUGCCUCCAGCACGGAAACUAGUCCCACAAGAAAGGGCUGAGAAUAACGCAGUAAUAUUUGAAUGUGUCUGAUUUUUGUGGAUGGCGUAAGGGGCAAGAGAAUUACCUCCUUUAGAAGUGCCUUCCAAGUGUUCUGAAAUUUCUUUGUUACUUAUCUUUCUGAAAAGAGCCAAAAUAAUGCCCAGCCUAGACAAAAGUCACCCAAUUUUGCAAAUGCAACUUGCAAACGCAGAAUGAUUUUUUCCUCUUUAUAGAACAUUGUAAGUCUCUCCUAGUAUUUUCAAAUUGAAAUUUUGGGAUAAUGAACCAGACCAAGAAUACAGGAAAAGUGGGACCGUUAAGACAGGGACAGGUCAUCAUGAGGAGUCAAGGCUGUCAGUUAAUCCCAAAACAUACAUUUGGCACUGUGAUCUGGAAAGCAUAUCCAAGAUUAGCUUAGUUUAGGGAGAAAAGGACUGGUGGCUCACAAAUGCAUGUAGUGAAAGAGAACUUUUCAAAGUUUUGUCAGCAACUCACAUUAAGGAAAAAAAUGUCACAUCUCAGACACUUAUACACAUGAACAAAAGUUUCACAAAUACCCACUUAUGUAAUAGGUGUAAUGCUCUCUGAUAUUUUCUAUUCAUGAUCCAUUAAACUGAUUUCAUGACCCA